CGCCCGCGUCCCGCCGUGCCUCGAGCCGCCGGGUUGCCUUGGGAACCGCAGAGCGAGGCAGCGCCAGAAGAUCUGCGAGUGUGUGGAGGUAGACUGAGUCCCAGGCAUGGAGCUGCCGGAUCCAUUACGCCAGCGGCUGGGAAACUUUAGCCAGACGGUGUUCCGUGACUCCAGCCGGACCGAGCUGGAGUACGAUGAGGAUGCGGAUAAUGAAGUGAGCUCCAGUAUGGGCCUGCAGAUGUCACUUUAUUUUAAUACUUACUUUUUCCCACUUUGGUGGGUAGGCUCCAUUCUGAUGCUUCAUGUGAAGUAUUCAUUCUUGCCUGAUUACUACAAAUUCAUUGUGAUCACUAUUAUUGUCCUUGUAACCCUAAUUGAAGCUAUCCGGUUGUACCUGGGCUACAUGGGUAACCUACAGGAGAAGGUUCCUGAGCUGGCAGGAUUUUGGCUUUUGAGCCUUUUGCUGCAGUUGCCUUUAAUUCUUUUCUUGCUGUUAAGUGAAGGCCUAGCAACUCUGCCCUUGGAAAAGGCAAUGCAUAUCAUCUUCACUAUCUUCCUUACUUUCCAAGUUAUUUUAGCAUUUUAUACCUUGAAGAAAAUGGUCAAUCAGUUGGCAGCUCGUUUCCACCUCCAGGACUUUGACCCGCUCUCUGCAAACAGAGGAGACAUGAGAAGGAUGAGGUCAUGUAUAGAAGAGAUUUAAUCCAGUGCUGUUAAGAGAAAAUCUGAAAGAUUUUAAAAGACUGUAAAAGUUAGGAAACAUCAGAGAUGUUUAGCAUGAGAAAAAGGACAAAGAAAGUGUUUUGAACUGUAUACUCUCUAGCUCUGAAAUUCCCAGGUUGGGGGGCAAUAAUAAAGCUUAUAUAUUACAUGAAAGCAGUAUAUUAACCCUAAAACCUACAUGCUGUCCACCUGACACUAAAUUUCUUUUUUUUUUUUAAUGUAGAAUUUUCCAAAUAUAUAGACAUCUAUUAGUAGUUGUGUUUUAUCAGUUUUACUGUAAUAUUUAAAAAUAAAGUUGUUUCUGCUUGUAACUAGAAAUGUAUGUAUUUCUUGUAAAUUUGUUAUUUGUAUCUUGUGGCUAUAUAUCUGACCAUGUUUCUUGAAAUACAUAGAAAUGCUAGUCCCUGGGGGUUUUAGCUCAGUGGUAGAAUAGUUGCCUAGCAUGCAUAAGGCCCUAAGUCCAAUCCCCAGUGCUGCUAAAACAAACCAAAAACAGAAAUGCUAGCCAACAUUUUUGUGUAUUAGACUAUAUUUAUAAGCAAAAGAUCAAAUUUGCAUGUCUGUUAAGGUAAAAUUCUAACCCUAGUAUUUGUUAGCUAUUAUAUUGAAGUAAAGAAGAUGGAUUAUCAUGAUAUUUAGGGAAUAUUUUGUCAUAAAAAUUGUAACUUUUAUAAAACCAUGUUCAGUAUUUGUUGUGGUGAUGUGCAAAAUGCUUUUAUAAUCUAUUUGUGUUAAUAAAGUAUUAGCAAUAGAUUA